AUGUUGCUUCCAAUCUCCUCGGAGACAAUUGUCAAGGAUGAUAGCAUACCUGAAGAAGUGAAGGGGGACAAUGAAGAACAUCCUUCUCUAACAGAUUUUGAAGAGAAAUAUCCACCAUGUGGAGAAGAGUCAGUCAUUUUCUAUACAACAAGCUUGAGAGGAACAAGAAAAACAUAUGAAGAUUGCAGCAGUAUCAGGUUUCUUUUAGACAGUUUCAAGAUAAUAGUCAAUGAGAGAGAUGUUUCGAUGGACAUGGAAUUCAGGGAAGAAUUAUGGAGGAUAAUGAGUGGCAAAGUGAUCCCUCCAAAGCUGUUUAUCAAGGGCAGAUACAUAGGAGGAGCUGGUGAAGUUGUUGGACUUCACGAGCAAGGAAAGCUGAAGAAGCUCUUGGAAGAGAUACCUUCAAGCCACCCCAACUGCCUGUGUACCGGUUGUGCCAAUUUGCGCUUUCUGGUUUGCUCAAACUGCAAUGGCAGCCGCAAGGUUUAUGCAGAAAAGGAAGGAGAUCAUGAAUUCUGCAUUAAAAAAUGCCCUGAUUGUAAUGAGAAUGGAUUGGUCAAAUGCCCUGUUUGCUGCUGAAUGUCCUUCUUGUACCCUUUCUUGAUGUGUAUUUUCCUUGCAUUGUCUAACAUAUUCUAACCUAGAAUCAAAUUGCUGCUGUUUCAAGUCCCAUUGGAAGGUCUCAAUUUAGUGUUUAUGGAUGACGAAAAUGAUGAACUGUGUAUCUAAUUUCCUUCUACUGAUAUAACAACGGUCUAAAUUAUGCUGUCUUUGUUAUUUGAAUAUCAGAUUUUCUCUUUCAUUUCCUUCCUUCAUCAGCUUCUUCUUGUUUUUAUUUUUUUUUCAUGGCAGAGGGCUUUGAAACUUGUAUAGUAGUGCUUGGACAUUCUUAAAACAGAACUUUGUUGCAUUAA